AUAUUAGUGAGUUUGUUUAUAACUCGUUGAUUUCUCUGGAAGAGACCAAUGAAUUUUAUGAAGGUGAUAAUGUUGAAUUAGUUAUCAGUUUUGAUGUUGAGUUGUCCUCUUUUAUUAAUAUUAUAUUAGAUGAGGAUAAAGAAAAUUUUAACAAUAAUGAAAAAAUUUACCUUGAAGUUGCCUAUC